CGUAAACCGCGCGCUCGCCCGGGCCGUUUGUCUUUGUCCCGUAUUUAUUUAUCGCGUUACUAUGCCUCUGUUUUCCGAUCACAUAAGCAACAUGUAUUACAGUGGAUCUUCGUUAUAUACAAGUUCACCGUAUAAUAGUGCUGUUUCUCCUUACGGUUCUUCGUACAGUGCUUCUUAUCUUAAUCCCGGUGGUAAUUACAGUUCCCAUUCAUCUUUUGGAGGAUAUUCCCGUGCACCAAUAAGUACAAGAUGGGUAACGAGUGGUGGUCGUACAUAUUCACCGAUGCUAAGCAGUAUCUCAGAAAAGGGAACCUCAAGUCCAGUGAGAAUAAAUAGCCCUAGAAGGAUCCCUAUAUCAACUAGAAGUUAUGUGCCUUCCCCAUAUACCUCACGGCCUAUUAAUAUAAAUACUGCAGAUAUUGAUGUGUCACGUGACAAAUAUCGGAAUAAAAUACAUAGUUCAAAUUCGACAUUACCUACCGGUUUGCCCCCAAGACGACAAAGCCCUUUAAUCAAUAAAGAAAACGGACAUGACAAACCUGAUACUGGAAUUGACACGUCACCAGGUCCGCGACGCUCUACAAUUAAACGUGAUCGAACUGUAGUAAGAUUACACACUGUGAAAAGAAAAGAAAGAGAUUCUCCACGUAAGCCUGCUGAAGUUUUAAAUAAUGCCACUAAUAACAAUUCAUCGAACACAGAUUAUGUAGAGAAGCAAUCAGAAUCAAAGAAAUGGAGGGAAAAAUUUGCAGAGGACCUGGCAUACACUACACAAAAGGAAAAGAAAACUUUAGGAGCUAAGUUAGUAGAAAAAUUCACCUUGAAAGAAAAAGUUGAGGGUGACUUCCAGAACUCUGCAAAAACUUCUCCAAAAAAUCACAUAGAUACAGAAAAGUCUCCAGAAAAGCAAAACAAUGAUGAUAUAAUGCCUGUUACAAGUAAAUCAUUUGAUAGACGUUGCUCUAUGGAACUUUUAGCAGAACAAGCUUCUUUAUUGGAUUCAUUGAUUCGGAGAGAGAAUUUAAGCACUGCACCUUUAGAUAUAAGUAAAGUAGGAGCUCUAAACGUAGUUACUUCUGCAGAAAAAUUGGAGCCAGAAGACAAAAAAAAAAGAAAACUAGCUCAUCAAAAAAACCUCUUAAGCACAACAAAAUCAGACCACUCAUUGCAUGAUAGCCUCGCGUCAAAAGAUAAUAAGGACCCUUUAUUUCCGAAAAGGAAAAGUUUACGAAAAUGUUCUUCUGGUAGCAACAUCCGCAAGUUAGAUUGUAUCAAAGAGAUUCCUAAAAAGACAGAGGCUUUAAAUGUGCCCCCUCUUGAAAAUGAGUUAUUAAUCGAAAGUAAAAUUUUAAAACCUAAAAUUAAAACAAAAAUAACAUCAACGGUAGAAGUUACAUCAACGACUCCACAGUUGAAAUUUGUCGUUGAAAAUGUUACUGUUGAAGAAAAGUGUCGGCCGUGUAAGAAAGAUAUUAUAUUUAGUAGUACAGUAGACGAAAUAAAACCCUUAAAUAACAUGUCAACCGAAGACAAAACUCGAAAAAGUGUAAAAUUGAAAAAUCAAAUAAAACCGCAGGUUGACAUUAAGGUAGAUUCAGAUAAACAAAAUAUUGAUUUUAAAGUAAGAGAUAAAAAGCCAUCGAACGAAAACGUUCAGGCAACAAAAGGACAUAGAAAAAGUAUUAAGUCAAAACCCAAAGAAAAAUCAAAACCAAAAUUGGAAACUUCUGGGAAUUUAACAUCGCCUGAACCGGAAGAUGGUAACUUUUGGGAAAAAAUUGGAAAAAGAGAAACAGUUUAUUUAAUUAAUAGGAAGCAAAAUUUAGAAGAAGCUAAAGAACAGACUAAACGAACGUUAUUCUGGUUUCCAGAAGAUGAAGAAACUCCUAAUGUGGAUACAGAAGAAAUUAAAAAUUUAGAUGAAAAGGUAUUGGAAGAAACAAUUGAUGCAAAUUUAGGUUGCACAACUAAGGAAACAAACAAAAAUUUUGAAAAAGCUUUUCCAGAAGUGAUAAAUAGUAACUUAAAUGAUUUACAAAAAAUUGAAACUGUACAUAGCGAUGUUAAUAGUGAGGAAUUAUUAAACACACCUAUUAUGAAAGCUAUAAAUGAAGACUCCAUCAUUAAAAACACAGUAAAUAUUUCAGGUGUUGAAAAAGGACUACCUUUUCUUGACCUUACAACUGCUGGAAAUGCAAUUUCUAAUUUGAAGUCUUGUAGGACGAGUGAGACAGACAUGGAUGGUAAAAAAGAAAAACAAAACUUAAUUAAAGUUAAGGAUGUAAAUAAAAAUUAUCAGGAAAUUGAACGGACAGGAGAAAUCGCACAACCGCAAAUAAUUUUAAAUAAAAUUAAUAUCAAGGAAGAGGACACAACAAAUAUCAAUAAAUCAAAAUACAAUAAGAAUAACAAUGUCGAUGAACCAAAGAGUUUGAAUGAGAAAAAUUCUGUAAGAGAUCAAAAUAUUUAUUUAAUGCAAACAAGUAUAUCAAGUAAUUUAAAGGAAGAACCAGAAGCAAAUUGUAAUAGGAAUAGUUUAUCAAAUAAUAUUCAAAUUAGUCCUAUUGAGAGUUCAAUUAUUUCUGAAAAGCUGUUAGCUGGAAAUAAUGAUAUAAAAAAUAGUCAUAAAGAUGAGAUUGAAAAUAUUUCUACAAUUAAGAUUAGCACUGGAACGAUUCCCAAUGCUUCAGUCAAUGCUGCUGAAACUUUCAACAUUCCUGGCGCUAAAAUUAUGAAAUCUUCUACAAAUAUAUCACCAAAAAUGAAAAAUACAGAUAGUCCUUUUAAAUCGGAAAUUGAGAUAAAAGCAGAUAAACAAGACGAGGCGUCAACCCUAUUACAUUCAUGUAAAGAUGUGGCUGUAAAUAUUGAAAAUACUACCACAGAAAUUAACAAAGAUUUUAAAAUAGAACCAGAAAUCAUCAAUGCCAAUAUUGAAAAAACUGAUUUGACCGAUAACAGAGAUAACAACACACAACUCGAAGAAAAUAAUCCCAAUAUUGAAGUAGAAGAUGUAAGUAAAAAUGUAGAAUUCGAUAAAGAGAUUGAAGAGACAAUUACAAAGUCUGAACCAGUUAAAACUGAACCAGUUCCACCUACAGAUGCAUUUCAAGUAUUUACUAAUAUGAAACCUGUUAAAGAAGAGAAGGCACUUAAACCUCUAAUUGCUACACCACGACCUCUUCGAAAACGAAAUCCUCAAUCAAUUCGUUCUUCAUCCUCUUCUUCUUCUGAAACAUCUGACGAUGAAUCAUCAGAAGAAGAUACAAAAGAAGACGCUAAUAAAGAUGAAGGUGAAUCGGGAUCUAGUCAGGGUGAAUGUGAAAACAAUCCAGAUGGACGAAUAUCGACAGGCUCUAAUGACUCUGGCUUUGAUUCUUCGGCUCCUACAUCGCCUUCAGGUUUUCUGCAUGCUAAAAAAGACUGCGAUGUUAACUGUCAUCGAAAGUGUGAAAAGUUAACGGCAAAUUUGUGUGGAGUGAACCAGCGCCUUCUUGUGGAAGCUUUAGCAUCUCGAACAACAUCUAAGAGAGGUGGAGACAACCCCAGCACAUCAGCAGGCAUCACACCUCCCCAAACAUUUACCCACGACAUCUUAGAGCAAGAGUUGGAACAUUCGACGGCUUAUGACCUAUUCCGGAAAACUGGUCGUUUUACGCCUCCUGCAAGAACCAUUCCACGCUUCAGAAAGUACACCAUCGAAGAUUUUCAAUUUAUACGGGUUUUGGGCAAAGGAAGCUUUGGUAAGGUAAUGUUAGCAGAACUAAGAGAUACAGAAUACUACUACGCAGUUAAAUGUUUGAAAAAAGACGUUGUGUUAGAAGACGACGACGUUGAGUGCACACUCAUUGAGAGGAAAGUUCUCGCGCUCGGCACCAACCAUCCUUACCUCUGCCAUCUGUUUGCAACUUUCCAGACUGAUUCUCAUCUCUUCUUCGUGAUGGAGUACCUAAAUGGCGGGGACUUGAUGUUCCAUAUCCAGCAAAGUGGUCGAUUCCCGGAAGUGAAAGCGAGGUUUUACGCCGCCGAAAUUGUUUCCGGACUGAAAUUUCUUCAUAAGAGAGGAAUUGUUUAUAGGGAUUUGAAAUUGGACAACAUUCUAUUGGACUUCGACGGUCACGUACGGAUUGCGGACUUCGGCAUGUGCAAGUUGCAAAUCUACCUUGACAAGACGGCGGACACGUUCUGCGGUACUCCAGAUUAUAUGGCACCUGAGAUAAUCAAAGGCAUCAAAUACAACCAGACCGUGGACUGGUGGUCGUUCGGUGUGCUGUUGUAUGAAAUGCUGAUUGGUCAGAGUCCGUUCAGCGGCUGCGACGAAGACGAGCUUUUCUGGUCCAUAUGCAAUGAAAUGCCAUCGUACCCGCGCUUCUUGUCGCCAGAGUCCUUAAGCAUAUUAACUAGGCUACUGGACAAAGACGCCAGGACGCGACUCGGUGGACCCGAAUGUAUGCAUGGUGACAUCAGAGACCAGAAAUUCUUCGAGCAAAUUCACUGGGACAGAUUAGAGAGAAGAGAGCUUGAGGCGCCAUUUAAACCUCGUGUGAGACAUCCAAUGGACACCCAAUACUUCGACAGAGCCUUCACAGGCGAACGGCCACGCCUAACUGCAGUCGAACCACAAGUCCUCCGCUCUAUGGACCAAGAACCGUUCAGAGGAUUUUCCUACACAAAUCCGAAUGCUACUGACCGGUAAAAUGGACCUCAAAAAAGACAUGUUGGUUUGAAUUUGUUCACUUUCUGUGAUAUAAAGGUGAAGCUAAAGUACGUUUAACGACAAGAUGACGGAGCAAAUUAUUUGUUAAUUGGAAUUGCUGUUUGCGAACUACCGUUGAAUUUUCGACUUUUCAGCCAUGGUGAAUUUGCUAUACCAACCGAUUGUAGUGGUUGGUUCAACUUCGAAUGCUAAUGAAGUGAGGUUGAACUUGUUUGUUAAAAAAAUAUAAAUAGUUACAUAAAAAAGAUUUUAUAUCCAAGAAAUAAUCCUAUGUUAUAAAUAAAUUGUACAUAUCAAUUAUACAGUGUAUAUUGUGUCUGGUACACACUUAUGAUUUUGCAUAAAUAUUAUGAUUUUGUUUAAUUAUAAUUUUAGGUAGGUAUCUUAUAGGUACGAGCAUGAUAAAUAUCUAAAUGAUGUAUCUUUUUCGUAGAUAAUAAAUGCGUAAGCCAAUAGUA